AUGGGUCCAAUCGCUCGGUUCCUCAGUGUCAUACUAAGCACCUCAUUCACUCAUGUCUAUGCUGCUUUCUCUUCAUCCGGAUCCACAGUCUUUGUAAACGACAUCGCAUACUUCGUUCCGCCAGAUGUCGUAGGAACGCUGCCGAGCAAAAUCCAGGACUUCACCUCCAGGUUUCACGGUUCGCUAGGACCUGUCCCUAUCACUGUCAUCACUAUUUCAAAACCUGGUUUCCAAGUCUCGGAUUUGUCGGCUCUUGCGGCGAAUUUUUCCGCUUCCGAUGAUGUUUUCCAGGAUGGGUUUUUAGAAGCCCUCUACGUUCAAUAUACUGGCCAUGGCAAUCCUUCGGCGCCUCAAAUCUGCUCCCAAAACGCGGCCAAAGCGGUCAUCGCCAGCAGUACACAAAAGCCUAUUCCAUCAGGCCCUUACUUUGUCACUUCGGCAGGCACAUUGCACAGAGCAUACAGACUGUACUCUGAUUUUGCUGGCGCUUUUACUGAGACUGCCAUCUCGAAUUCUGAAGGCGUUUUCUCCGUCCUUCCAGCCGGCAUUGUUGGUCAAUCGCCAGCAGUUGCGGUACCAUCUAGGCUCUACUUUACCAAAACUGUAGAUAAACCGCUAGCAGGCGUUCGGCUCGGUAUUAAAGACAUCUACGACAUUGCAGGCCUGAAGACUAGCAAUGGCAAUCGCGCAUGGUACGGCCUAUAUCCACCAGCAAACAAGACGGCCGUCGCAGUGCAGAAGCUGAUUGAUGCCGGCGCAAUCGUUGUUGGAAAAAUGAAGACGAGCCAGUUCGCAAAUGGCGAGACCGCAACUGCAGAUUGGGUUGACUAUCACGAGCCAUUCAACCCACGUGGUGACGGCUAUCAAGACACUUCAUCUUCUUCCUCUGGGCCAGGUGCAGGUGAAGGGUCGUAUCCGUGGCUUGACAUAACACUUGGAUCCGACACUGGUGGAUCUAUCCGCGGCCCUAGUGAGGUUCAAGGCCUGUAUGGGAAUAGGCCUUCGCAUGGACUCGUGGAAUUAACUGGGGUUAUGCCGCUUGCUCCAGAGCUUGAUACUUCCGGACUGCUCACUCGCGAUCCCGUUCUCUGGACCGCAGCUGCCAAAGCCUUGUACGGAGACAAUAUCACCGUGACGUCGAAGUAUCCCUCUCAAAUACUUACCGUCGAGUUCCCGGAGUCUGCAGACGAUAUCGCUGAUGGCUUGAUCCUUGACUUCCUGGCCAAUUUGACCGACUUUCUCCAGGCUAACGUGACUGCAUUUAACUUCACCACUGCAUGGGCCGCCGCCAACCCCUCCGCCGCUGAUAUUAACGUCAUCUUGAACACCACCUACCCCCUACUCAUCUCCAAGGAGCAGAUAAAGCUGGUUAGGGAUCCGUUCUACGCCGACUAUGCUGCUGCCCAUAAUGGACGACGGCCGUUCAUCGACCCAACCCCCUUGAUCCGAUGGAGCUACGGUGACAACUCGUCUGCGACUAUUGAAGAGGCUGUGGCCAACAAGACUCAAUUCAUGGACUGGUUCAAUAGCGAAGUGCUUGCUCCAGAUGCUGCGACCUGCUCUAGUAGCUUGUUGCUCUACGUCGGCAGCGACGCGUCUACUGUCUACCGCAACGUAUAUUGGGAUUCGCCGGGAGUCCCCUUUGGGUUUUCGAGCGGCAGGAUAUCGGUCUUCUCUGAGGCGCCGGACUUUGUGGUUCCGAUUGGUCAGGCACCGUACAACUCGACUGUAACCCAGCACGUUGAGUAUCUCCCGGUAACCGUCGACAUGAUGGUGGCAAAGGGGUGUGACGGCAUGCUGUUUUCGUUGAUAGAAGCCUUACUGGCUGCUGGAAUUAUCCAGGUCGCGAAGACGGGAUAUAGCGGCAUUGAUGGUGGAGAGGUCUUGCUCAAACGGAGCUUAGAGUUCGAGCAAUGAAGAAGGCCCUCUAAAUGAUAGCGCGCAGAUGCGUGCACCCCAUCCAAAAGGUAUUACAGAAACCCAAGGACAGAGGAGACCUAAUAGAUGCCUGCCUUAGAAUGGUAGAACCUUCUCUCCGUCUCUCAUUUGCUCUAGAGUGCCCCAAUAGCAUGUGCAAAUAGGAGAUCGAGACGUAAAAAUACGAUGUGACUUGAC